GCAGAGCUCAGUCUGCCCUUCAAGCAGUGUCCUAUUGUGUGCCAGGGAGGCAGCCAGAGCAGCCCAUAGAAAUUUUAUGAAUAAGCACCAGAAGCCAGUGCUAACGGGCCAGCGGUUUAAAACCAGAAAGAGGGAUGAAAAAGAGAAAUUUGAACCUACAGUUUUCCGGGACACCAUUAUCCAGGGACUUAAUGAAGCAGGGAUCGAUUUGGAAGCAGUAGCCAAAUUUCUUGACACAACAGGAUCACGAUUGGAUUAUCGCCGCUAUGCUGAUACACUGUUUGACAUUCUCAUAGCCGGGAGCAUGCUGGCUCCAGGAGGCACUAGAAUCGACGAUGGAGACAAAGCCAAGGUGACCAGUCACUGUGUCUUUGGAGCAAAUGAGGACUAUGAGACCAUGCGUAAUUAUGCCCAGGUCUUCAGCAAAUUAAUCAGAAGAUACAAAUAUCUGGAAAAGGCCUUUGAAGAAGAAAUAAAAAAGCUGCUGCUUUUUCUCAAGGCAUUUUCUGAAGCAGAGCAAACCAAGUUAGCCGUGCUCACCGGAAUAUUACUGGCGGGUGGAACGCUCCCCGCCACCAUUUUAACGAGCCUGUUUACUGAGAAUAUAGUCAAAGAAGGUAUUUCUGCAUCUUUUGCUGUAAAACUCUUCAAAGCAUGGAUGUCAGAGAAGGACGCCAACUCUGUCACAUCAUCCUUAAGAAAAGCCAAUCUGGAUAAGCGAUUACUAGAGCUGUUUCCGGCCAAUCGGCAGACGGUCGAGCAUUUUUCGAAGUAUUUUACUGAUGCGGAUCUGAAGGAGCUCUCUGAUUUCCUGCGGGUCCAGCAAUCUCUGGGAACACGAAAGGAGCUGCAGAAGGAGCUUCAAGAACGAUUAUCUCAAGAAUGUCCAAUCAAAGAGAUUGUAUUGUACUUAAAAGAAGAGAUGAAACGUAACGAGUUACCCGAGCCUGCUGUGAUUGGGCUCCUGUGGACUUGUGUGAUGAAUGCUGUGGAAUGGAACAAGAAAGAAGAGCUGGUGGCAGAGCAGGCUCUGAAGCACUUGAAGCAAUACUCUCCCCUGUUGGCUGUAUUCAGCACCCAAGGCCAAUCAGAACUCGUCUUACUUCAGAAAGUUCAAGAAUACUGUUACGAUAACAUCCACUUCAUGAAGGCCUUCCAGAAAAUCGUUGUCCUGUUCUAUAAAGCCGAUGUCGUGGGAGAAGAAGCCAUCCUGAAGUGGUACAAGGAGGCGCACGUCGCCAAGGGGAAAAGCGUCUUUCUUGACCAGAUGAAGAAAUUCGUUGAGUGGUUACAAAAUGCAGAAGAAGAAUCGGAGUCAGAGGGAGAGGAGAACUGAGCCCCCGCCGGGCCGGUCUGCAGACGAGCGGCAUUAACGUAGCGUCUGACAGGAGUCCUCAAGCUGCAAGUCGUCCGUGUUACUUAGAAGAAGGGGAUUAGAAUCGGUGCACUCAGGCAAUUAGAUCCUUCAUCUGGACGUCUACCUCCGGUCAGUCUCGCGAUCUUAGGCCAAGCCAUCCAACCCGGGAGCCAUUCGGGGACGGGCGCCGCUUCUCGAUGGACUCUUCCGACUUCUUAGUAUUCUCAAGCACCGAAUGAACAGCACAGCCCGACUUGUGUGUCCAGGUCUCUAGUGUGUGGUCGUAGCUCAGUAUCGGCUUGUGGACGUCAUAGAAGAUUAACCCCUUUUUUCCCUUUUGAAUAAAGGCUUUUUAUCUUA